AUGUUGGGUCCUUCCUUCAUGUUGGGUCCUUCCUUCAUGUUGGGUCCUUCAUGUUGGGUCCUUCAUGUUGGGUCCUUCAUGUUGGGUCCUUCAUGUUGGGUCCUUCAUGUUGGGUCCUUCAUGUUGGGUCCUUCAUGUUGGGUCCUUCCUUCAUGUUGGGUCCUUCAUGUUGGGUCCUUCAUGUUGGGUCCUUCCUUCAUGUUGGGUCCUUCAUGUUGGGUCCUUCAUGUUGGGUCCUUCCUUCAUGUUGGGUCCUUCAUGUUGGGUCCUUCCUUCAUGUUGGGUCCUUCCUUCAUGUUGGGUCCUUCAUGUUGGGUCCUUCAUGUUGGGUCCUUCAUGUUGGGUCCUUCCUUCAUGUUGGGUCCUUCCUUCAUGUUGGGUCCUUCCUUCAUGUUGGGUCCUUCAUGUUGGGUCCUUCCUUCAUGUUGGGUCCUUCAUGUUGGGUCCUUCCUUCAUGUUGGGUCCUUCCUUCAUGUUGGGUCCUUCCUUCAUGUUGGGUCCUUCCUUCAUGUUGGGUCCUUCCUUCAUGUUGGGUCCUUCCUUCAUGUUGGGUCCUUCAUGUUGGGUCCUUCCUUCAUGUUGGGUCCUUCCUUCAUGUUGGGUCCUUCCUUCAUGUUGGGUCCUUCCUUCAUGUUGGGUCAAUGA